ACAUGACAUGUGUUUAUUGGAAUGAAGUCUUGAAUCAUAUUUUGAUCCAGCCUGUUAUAAUUGAUCAAGUCAGUAAGAUCUGAUCCUGACAUGACGUUAUAUGCCUUGAGGGUCACAGCACUUGCUCAGAGUCCUUGACAUAUGGUAAGAUUUUCUCUUCAUUUCCUCUUGAUUUAAAGACAGGAUAUUGAAAUCAAGAUUCAACUAAUCGCUUCACAGAGACAGAAACAGRACUCAAGAUAGAGAAAAUGAAUGGCAAUYACACURCAAAGUCGACAAAUACAAGUAUUCCWAACUCUGUCAAUGAGAUCCCUUGGACAGUGGCGUUCUCUCUUCAAUUCUUGUUCAGUAUUAUCGGAAAUGUUCUCAUUUUGGUGAUAAUCUACAAGGACAAUCGAUUGAAAACGACCACCAAUUACUUAGUGGCCAAUAUGGCGGUCAGUGAUCUAAUGGCAGCAAUAACUCUGUUCCCUUAUCUCUUAGUAUCGGUAAACUAUGACAGUCAGUGGCUCAUUAGGGGCGACAUGAGCAAUGUGACGUGUAAGAUGUUUUCAUUUGCGAGUGAUGUAUGCUUCAUUGUUUCCGUGGGAAGCUGUGUUUUUAUCGCUGUGGAUCGGUAUUUUGCAGUGGCCAAACCACUUAACAAACCUUUUUUGAGCRAGAUGAAGUGGAUCAUUGCAGGGAUUUGGUUAUCAACAGUAGCUCUUAGUUCGCCGUACAUAUACUUCAUUCAAGUCACAAUUAGCAAUGGAACGCAAGUUAAAUGCACAGUAUCAUCAGAGAACUUACAUUCUUUUAAGGUUUACCGGUAUAUUGUUUUACUGAUGACUAGUGGUUUAGGUGCCMUCUUAAUCAUAGUUAUCUACACUUUAACUGUUUACAAACUWUAUCGACAUAAAGCUCCUGGAAUUACUAGCUCAGCAGUAAGAAGACGACAACAUCAAAACAAAAAAGUGYURAAAAUGGCCGUGACAAUUGUSGCUUUGCUUUAUCUUUGYCAUGGUACAUGGUUGACUUUUAUAGUUUUGUCGUAUGAAGGAGAAUUUGACUACCUUUCUCCAUCUUCAUUUAGUAAAGUCAAUAUUCGUUAUGUAUUUCUUCUGAUGCUCUGCUUGAGCCUWAUGUACAACUUCUUCAUCUACCUUAUCUUCAAUGAAAUAUACCGCGAGAAUAUUAACUCUAUGAUUUGCAAAUGUUCAUGGAGAGUACAGCAAGUUAAUGCCAACAAUAUGGAGGCUGUUUCAAGACCUACCGCCGUAGAAGCGAUAGAAAUCAACACCAUUACCGAAAAYAAUGUUCCUCAGAUGUAAGAUUAUCUUUCUUUUAGGGCAAGAUAUGAAUGAGCCGUCGAAAAGGUGCCGSCUAUCUUUUGGCUUCUCUUGAAGUGGGAAUCCAUUUUAUUCAUUUUGCAACAUCCUCGCCUUCUCCAUUGCUUGUUGGAGUACCAACCGAUUUAUUUGUUUAAUUGACCUACUCCAAAGCGUCCCUCUUUUUGACCUGAAGAUGACAGGACAUUUGCACUAUACUUUGAAAUAGGCAUCUUUUUGAACCGGUUUAAUGAGCGCCACUGACCCACUGUUUCAGCAACAUUGUUAGCAACAAGGAGCAGUGRAUCGCAGUCGAAAUUCUCUCCAGUACAGUCGAUGACUUGUGUUACUGAUUUACGUACGUGGGACAGAAAGUCGAAGCGGUAUAUAUUUUAUAGUGUUUUCGGCAGAGAAAAAAAAAUUAAAAUGAAUAAAUUUGAUAGCUGUUGGACGAGACUUUUCCACUGUAACACUUUGAUUCGUUGAAAUAGGAAUAUAUAUUUUUAAAUUGAGAGUAUCCACCAACUUAGGYAAGAAAUUCCUCAAACUCGUAGAGAGAUGUUUCCCUGUGGAACACGCAAUGAGAAUAAAAUUCAACAAGAACACCGUCAAGCUCAGCUACAGUUACGUCAGUAACAUGAAACAGAUCAUCGACAACCAGAACAAGAAACACCUACAACCAUUCGUACGAGAAGCCACUAGCGAAACAAAAACCUGCAACUGCCGAAGAAAGACAGAGUGCCCGAUGAACGGAUCGUAAUCAUCAAUUAUCUAUCAAGCCACUAUUACACGCAACGACAACACGCGAGACGUACGUAGGCCUUACUGACAACCAGUUCAAGACACGCUGCAACAACCACAAGGCUUCUUUCCGCCACCAGCGACUCAUGAACGCAGCAGAGCUUAGCAAAUACKUGUGGUCACUCAAGAAAAACAACAUUCCUCACAAAAUCGCGUGGCGCAUAAUACCCCGUUCCAAACCUUACUCAAGUUCCAACAAGAGAUGUAAUUUAUGUUUAACUGAGAAGUUUAUUAUCAUUUGAAAACCACACAUAUGCUCACUUAACAAAAGAAACGAGUUAGUUUCCGCGUGCAGACACAAGCACAAAUCUUUACAAUAAUAUAAAUAUUGUAUAUUAACUUGCUAUUAGGUCAUUUUAAUGGAAAAAAAAACUCCUGAAGAUUGAGGCUUCGCCUCAUGAAACAGGCCUGUAGAAGUUCUGUCGAAAGUUUAUUCAUAAACAUCCCAUAUAUUUUUUAAUUGAUAUAUUUUUCAAUUUUAGUUAGAUCACAUUCAUUUUAAUCAUUUUUUCCAAGAUGCUAAUCGAAUAGAGCCUGCCUAAUCUUGACAAAUCAAAAAUUCAGUUUUAUAAAUCAAUCAGUCAGAAAAGUUAUUACAAUCAACAUUUUUUUCACCUGUUAUUUAAGUCUGUCAUUUAUGAUAAGCAAACAUGCUGAGAUUAGAUUUCAUUAAAUUCUUAGCUUUAUAA